AACCUUUAAUCUUUCUCAAUUCAAGCUAAGAGUGUCUGAUUUACGCGACUACUGUGUGGUUUCUGCUGAAAUCGUAGUGUUUCUAUUUCAUCAAAACUUAAAAAGCCGAGAUGGAUGGGGCCAAAAUGGAUCCCGGACCCGAAGCAGAGGAUUUUGAAUACCAACUGAAAUUGGAACAGGAGGAGCAAUGGAAACGAGACAACGGGUAUAUCUACACAGAUCCCAACGAUGGAACCAUGUAUGAAUGGGACCCAGAGAAACAGGCAUGGUUUCCAAGGGUGGAUGAAAACUUCAUUGCCUCUUACCAAGCCAGCUAUGGUGUAACAACCGAGGAGACUACUGCAGACAGCCAAGCCAAUUCACAGUCUUCAUCAUCAGCAUCUCAAUCCUCAGCAGCAACAGCUCAAGGAACAGUAUCCUCAACAUCUGCAGGAGUGGGCGAAGACACUCCUCCAGGAAGUCAGGAGGAAGCCAAAGGAGACGGGGAGGGGAAGGUAGAUCAACAACCCCAGAUGAUUUAUAGGUACCAGAAGAUGCAGAUGAAGAGGAAAGCGGAGCAAAAAAGCUGGUUUGAAGUCGACCCCACCAAGAACACCAAUGUCUAUGUGAGUGGACUUCCAGACGAUAUCACCCUCGAGGAAUUCCAGGAGCUGAUGGCCAAGUGUGGUAUCAUCAUGCUGGAGGAGGAUACCGAGAAACCUAAGAUCAAGCUCUACAUGGAUGACCAGGGCAGACCUAAAGGAGAUGGCAGGUGCUGCUAUCUCAAGAGAGAGUCUGUUGACCUUGCUAUCCAGCUACUGGAUGAAUCAGAGAUCAGAGGUCACAAGAUCCAUGUAGAGGUCGCGACCUUUACCCUCAAAGGAGACUAUAAACCAGAUAUGAAGAAGAAAAAGAAGCCCAACAAGAAAAAGAAAGGAAAAAUUCAAGAAAAGCUUCUGGACUGGAGGCCAGAGAAGAAGUUUCCACAGAGGAAAAGAAAUGAGCAGGUUAUCAUUCUGAAACAUGUCUUCCAUCCAAAUGAAUUUGAGGAAGAUGCCAUGCUGAUCAAUGACAUCAAAGACGAUGUCACAUCAGAAUGUUCUAGGUACGGCGAGGUCAAGAAGGUUCUCAUAUUUGAUAGACAUCCAGAUGGUGUUGUCUCUGUCAAGUUUAAAGAUGUUGAAAAUGCUGACAAGUGUAUUCAAGCUCUUAAUGGAAGAUGGUUUGCCAAACGUAAGCUAGAGGCCUUCCACUGGGACGGAAAGACAGACUACAAGAUAGAAGAGACAGACAAGGAGAGAGAGGAAAGACUGAAGAAAUGGGAAGAUUUCUUACAUGAUGAUGAUGAUGAACAGGAUGAAAAACAAAAGAAGGAUGGAACACAGAAGGAUGAGGACAGGCUAGAGAUGAAGGGAGAGACAAAGAAAGAAGAAUCGGAGGAAGGAAUGGCCAAGGAAGAUAGAGGAACAGAGAAGAAAGGAAAUGAUAAUGGUGUUACAAUAGAAGGAACUGGAGAAGAGGAGGAGCACAAGGAAGAGGGAAAGUCAUGAGACUAAUGGAAGAAGUGACAAGAUUUUGUAGCAGAUCCCAGAAGAAGAAUGAUAUGAGCAGACUGCUGGCAGUACUGUGUACCGUGAGGAUCAUGCAUACAGGGAGAUUGGUCUUCAGAUUGAACUGCAAAUGUAUGAUAUAGAAAGUACAGUUGUGCUCAAAAGUGAGUGAACCCCACCACAAAAUACACUCCUUCAUGCUGAGUGUUGAAUGUAGACAACAUCACAACAGUAUUUGGCAAGCCCAGAGAAACAAACUUUGUUGAAUGUAAUAUGUUAUCACCUAACUUCACACUCAAAUAUCUUGACCAUGGCAAAACUUGAAAUUAAAAUAUGUUCAUUUUCAGGUGGGUUCACUAAUCUUUUUAAUACCACUGUAUAACAAGUUUUUGUUGUUAUGUUACCUUGAUCCAAGAUAGGAAGGACAUGUAUAUAAUUGGCCUGUGUCCUGAGCUUUUAAGUUUAUAGACGUUUCUUUCCUGAGACUUGUUCCAUUCAGAGUUAAAUUUGAAUGCAGGGCAAAAAGUCAAACUGGAGUCUCGAUGCUUGCUCCUGACUGGUCGAAAACCCAGUUUUUAAUAGCAUUUUGAUUGUAACCUUUUCAGCAACUUUUCCUGCAAUAAAACCCCUUAAUGACCUUGUAGAAAGAAGUAUUCUUGUAUUCUUUUAUCGUGGUAUGAGUGAAAGAACUAUAAAUUGGAGUUCAUUCUCUGUACAUGUCUUGUUGCUAUGUCUGGCAAGCCUCAUCUGUCAGAAAGUCAAGCAUAAACCAGUCUCUUGACAACACGAUGUUGACAUUCAUUUGCAGUAGACGAUGCCCUUCUAAAUGCAAGCUUUGGUAUGAAAAUUUCUUUUACCCAUUUCUUCGUCAUUUGUGGCCAGAUAACAGGAUGGGGCGUUGGAUCUGAAUUAUAGAAGUUUGCCCUAAACCCCAUGUAUAUACUCCUGAAAAGGAUCGAUUGUUAGUCUUUCUUUGUCCUUUUCAGGAUCGGUGUUUACCGCAAACUUCCACAAUUCUCUUCACCAUGAAAACCUUUAGAUAUCAUCUUACAUGUAGAUCU